UAGUCUGACAGGAACUUUCCGUCAUGUUCAAAAUGCCCUCCACCCCACCACACACUCUCUUCCUCUUCUUAUGAUCGGUUUAUAAGCCCUGCGCCUUGGGCCAUAAAUACAUUAUUUUCAGACAUCACACAUCAGCACGAUCAUCAUCUCCGUCAGCAGUCAUGUCCUCCUGUACUCUCCUGCUGCUUCUGCUGGGUCUUUCCUGCCUUCAGAGCUUCACAAAGGCAGAGCAUGCAAAUGGAGCAGAUUUCUGCUGUUUCGAGUUCCACAAAAGACCGUUCCCUGCAGGAAACGUUGUUUCUUACGUAGAAACAAGACCUGACUGUACACUUCCUGGUGUCAUUUUUACCACAAAGAAGGGUUAUCGCAUAUGUGCAGACCCUGAGGUGGACUGGGUGCAGCAGCUCAUCAAAAUUAAAAACUCAGCCUAGAUUCAGGAGACAAAUUAAAGCGUCUCUCCCUGAAAUUAGCUUUACUUUGUAGAAUGCUUCAUUUUACCUACACAGUACUUAAAGGAAUUUGAUAUUGUGUGUAACAAGACAAAGUUUCUUCUUCAGUCUGUUUUAUCUUCUGCACAAAUAAAGCACACAUUUAUAACGCA